AGUAGGCGUCGACUCGGCUACGUCGGUCUUUUGCAAUCGCUACCGGCCGGCGGACAGUUACAGAACACACACACACACUCACACUCACACACGGGACAGUCUUCGCUUACAGUUUGCACGCUUUCCAACACUCAAUGGAAGUUUUGACGAUGAUUGAAAACGGACACCACGCCGCUCAGCAGACUGAAGGAGCGGAAGCGUCUCACCGAGGAGCGGAGAAAAGGAAGAGAGUAGUCCGAGUGUGGUGUGACGGCUGCUAUGACAUGGUGCAUUACGGUCACUCGAACCAGUUGCGGCAGGCGAAGGCGAUGGGCGAUUACCUGGUGGUUGGAGUUCACACGGACGGAGAGAUAGCGAAGCACAAGGGCCCGCCGGUGUUCACUCAGGAGGAGCGCUAUAAGAUGGUGCGAGCCAUAAAGUGGGUGGACGAGAUCGUAGAGGGAGCGCCGUACGUCACCACGCUGGAGACGCUCGACGAGUACAACUGCGACUUCUGCGUGCAUGGCGAUGACAUCACGUUAACGGUGGACGGAAAGGACACCUAUGAGGAAGUGAAACGUGCAGAUCGGUACAGGGAAUGCAAACGCACCCAGGGUGUGUCCACGACAGACCUGGUGGGCCGCAUGCUGCUGAUGACUAAAGCUCAUCACGCCAACAUGGAUAACUCAGAAUACAAGCAGCAUGCAGAUAACUUUGGAAAGGGUCCUAAAGGCCACAGCCCCUGGACUGGCGUGUCUCAGUUCCUCCAGACAUCUCAGAAGAUCAUCCAGUUUGCGUCGGGUAAAGAGCCACAGCCCGGAGACACCAUCAUUUACGUAGCCGGAGCGUUCGACCUCUUCCACAUCGGUCACCUGGACUUCCUAGAGACGGUGUUUAAACAAGCCGAGAGACCCUACAUCAUCGUCGGUCUGCACUUCGACCAGGAAGUGAACCGCUACAAAGGGAAGAACUACCCAAUUAUGAACAUCCACGAGAGAACUCUGAGUGUGCUGGCUUGUCGGUACGUGUCAGAAGUGGUGAUCGGUGCGCCGUACGCCGUAGGCAAAGACCUCCUGGACCACUUUAAGGUCGACCUGGUGUGUCACGGAAAAACUGACGUUUUCCCGGAUAAGGACGGAUCUGACCCCUACGCAGAACCGAGGAGGCGAGGAAUAUUCCGGACCCUGGACAGCAAGAACGGCCUCAGCACCGACGACAUCGUGCAGAGGAUCAUCGCUAACAGGCUGCAGUUUGAGGAGAGAAACCAGAAGAAGGAGGCGAAGGAGAUGGCCGUGAUCGAGGCUCUGAAGCGCACAGAAGGCGGAGAGAAAAACCAAGCUGCUGCUCAGUAACCGAGAAUAAUGAAAAAAAACCCAAAGGGCUUCCUGAAACCGUUCUCCUUUCUGUUCUCCCACUCCUGUUCCAGUCAUCUGUCGUCUCUUCGCCGUCUGUAUGACGGUGUUCAGCGCGUCUCAGUGCCGGCGGUGUAGGUUAGGGGGCGCGCUAGUUUUUUUAAAUGAAAGCAAAGCUCUGAUCGCUAGGGAAAAAAGUGCAACGCUUUUUGUUUGCUACUGAUGACGUUCACACUAGCAAGUGACAGUUCGCUCGUGUGGCCUGUGGGCGUGGCCCGUCCACAGCGUUAACGAUAGUAGCUAUAUACAGCUUCUAAAGCUAGCUAGUUAACCACGCAUGUCAAUAACGCACUAAUCAGUUUGGAUCGGUUAUUUGAUUGGCAUUUCAGGCUUCGUUCACAGAUCUCCAGCAAAGCAAGAUAAGCUACGUACAGUGCACUCUCCAGAGGCAUCAGCGAUCCCUGCUACUUCCUUCCUUCAUGUCUCGAUGAACGUUUAACGGGAAGUCAUGCAUGACGGGACGUGAUGAAAGCAUGCAUGCUUAUAAGUUUUUCUUAGUGUUUUUUUUAUGCGUCAAAGUAAACGGGAUCUAACUGCUGCGAGCGGAGUACUGAAGAAACGUGCGGCCGCGUGCGACGUAGGAUCGGUCCGAGGAACCAUUCGAGGCGAUCGUUUGGAUUAACAGUGCCGUAGCUAAUUCGCUUAUAAUUGAGAAAAUCUCAGUUCAGAUCGAGAUUUGAAAUUUUGUCGAGCACAUGCUUAGAAAAUAAACGCUUGAUUUGCAGCUUGCUAGUGUGAGCGUAGCGUUCAAAGCUCCCUGUUUACUAUUUUAGCGCAAAUUUUUAAUAUUUAAAAAAAAAAAACCCGUCCUUUUGGUCUCACUUGACGGCAUUGGCUCCUCCUCCUGUAACGGAAGGAGAUUAAAUUAUUUAACACUACCUGUUAAACACUACCUAGGUUCUGGUGUCGUUUAUUAGCCAGAAAAUCUCUAAUGGAACACAUUGAGCCAGUUCCCAUUACAUAGUGGAAACCAUUACAGAUUUUCCUAACAGAUUUGUAGUUCAACAGGGUUUUGUUUUGUUUUGUUUUUUUGCGGAAAUAUUUCCGUACUACUCUUUCUCCUCACUUUAAACAACUUGACCUCUGACCUCAAAUUGUCAACUGGUUAACAAGGUAACUGGGUAACGAAUGCUGCGUUCAAGCUGCAAGUCUGAAAUUUCUGACCCUUUUAGUAGGGAAAAGUAAAAAAAAAAAAAAUUGGACAUAAUCCACACUAUGAUUAUAGUAAUAUAUUAAUCUGUCCUCAUGGCAAUGCUGCACAGAGUUUCUUCAGUUUAUCUUCAGAGGAAAAUGUUCUAGGUAGGCCCUUAAGACACUUUCAGAAAGUUCUAGCAUUUUAUUUUUUUUAACUCUCUUACCCCUUAGUUCCCACAGUAUUAUGUCCCACGACCCUAUAUUCCCCAUAGAAACAGCACGCCAACCCUGAGUUCCCGGGCCAAAAUUGGCCCCAAAAUCAACAUUUUAAUUUGAACAUUUUUAGGCCUUGAAACAACUUACAAUAAUGCAUUUGUGUAAUAUUACUUUGAAAAUGAAGCAGUUCAGUGUUUUUACUCCACUUAGAGCACAAUCCUUAACUACAGAAAUGACGAAAAAUGCUCGCUAAAAUCCUUAUACUCAUUUAGAAGUACCGUACGAGCAUCAGCGUGGUCAAUGCCUUUGAAUAAAUUCAAGUAAAUUAUAAAUAAAUAAAUAAAUAAAUAAAUGCAUUUUAGCACCAAAAGUCAAGUUUCUGGUGAUAAUCAGAGCAGCAGGUAGUGUUUUCACGAAUGCACAGAAAUGGUGCCGUUAUGACUCCAGACCCCUGCAGUGUCAGUCGCACUGGUUGAUGCUGAAGACGGGUCAGGGUCUGAAUCAGGAGAGUUUGCGUCUCUAUCAGUUUCGGUUUCGGUUUCAACAUCGCCUGAACUUUCACUGCUGUCACUAUCUAGAAUCCUCGCUCUCGCCUGUGUGACUGUGUAUGUUUUCUUUUUUUCCCCACUGUUUUAGAUGUACCUGUGUUCACUGUAGGUGUAACUUUAGCUGGAACACGAUUAGCUUUUCGCUUUGGCAUUUUUAGUUCACUUCUACUAGUACACCAAUAUUCACGCUCGGAUCUUCAUCGUAAUGCCGGCGUAAUAACGCAAUCACGUCGUGAUGUCAUCAACCUUCCGGGUUAAAAAAUAAUAAUUAAAUAAGUAAGGAAUCAUAGCAGAGUAAUGCCGGUACACCGGCCUUACGGGGAUAACGUUUACACUGUAAAGCCGCUAUAUCGGCCUUACGGGGAUUUGGCAUAGAUGACCAAGCCGGUAUAUCGUCCUUACGGGAAUAGAUCAAAGACGGGCAAGCCGGUUUUUCGGCCUUACAGGGUAAGAAGGUUAAAACAUUUCUGCCAGGGAAUUUUCAGGAAAGGUCCCAAGUAGAAACCCCUUUUAGAACGCUAGAACUGUGUUCCUCACCCGAGGAACCCUUUUUAUAAGAGUGUAAUAAUGACGACAACAAAAAAAAAUUCAAAUGUUGCUUUUUAUAUAUAGCUUUUAAAGCAAAUAUUGAAUUUUAAUAUAUACCUUUUAAAGCAAAUAUGUAAUUUUAUAUAUAUAUAUCCCUUUUUAAGCAAAUAUUUGCUUGUUAUAAAUUUUGAUAAAAAUAUAUAUAUGACGAUUUUCUUGUAAUUACAAAAUAAGUUCAGUUUUAAGAAAAAAACAAACUUUGAAGUUUUAUUCAGCGCCAUAACUAGUAAAUUAUUCACAUAAUUUAAUCUUAAAAUAUUCUUGUCCGUUUUUAAAAACUAUUUCAGAUAAAAUAAGUGCGACUUUGCGGUGAGCGUCCAUUUUGUUUCCCAACCUUAAACAGCUUGAGGGUUACACAAAGGUUUCCUGAAUGUAGCUUAUUUUAAACCAUUUAAUUUAUAUUUGCAUUUAGAAUUAAGAGAGCUGCUUUUACAACCAGCUUUUAUUGUUCUGUGUCCAGCUCAUGAAUUUGCCAUAUUUAUUAUAAUCUGCGUCCAUCAGGUUGUGCAUUUUAGCGUCCGUUUGUGUUUUUAUCUCGGUACUAGACAUCAUUGUUGGUAUCAACAACAUGAAAGCACUAAGGCGUAUUUUGUGUUUUGCGUAUUCACACCCAGCCAGAUUUCUAAUACAGUACUUGAACACGCCUUCAUCUUUUCUUUAAUCCCUCGCCAUCUGAAUGUCCAUUUAAAUAUUCCAUCCGAUCGAAUGAAGUUUGUUUGGAGGGAAGGAGUAAACUUCAUAAGCACGUUUUUGUUUUGUUUUUUCUUCACAGUGCUGCGACUCAUUUCUGUUUCUCAGUCUGGAAAUCAAAUGGCUCGAGAAAACCCCAAAAGAAAAUGCGUUGUUUUAAAAUAAUAAUAAUAAUAAUAAUUUAUUCAUAUUAUAUGUGAAUGCACAUGCAGAGUGAACUUCAUAUCUGUCGGAGAUUCAGUUUUAAAGUCUUUUUAAAAUUUAUUUGUAUUGUACAAAUGAUUUCCUUUUUAUUGUCACACACGUAUUGGUUACUGAUCUCGUAAACGCACCAAUAAAACACGUCCAAGAACA